AUGAGCCAGAUACCAACGGAAUUCCUGCCUCACGACUCAUACGUCGGCGAGAUCUACCGGGUCAAUAUCUCCUUCAUCUGUGUCAACUCGGUCAUAAUUUUCGUGCGGUUAACCGUUCGCGGGUUCAUGGUCAAGCAUGUCGCCGUGGACGACUACCUCAUGGUGGCGGCUGGUCUGUGUGCGGAUGUCUUUUCGGCCUUGGCCAUAGUUGGCAUCCGAUACGGCCUAGGAAAGCAUCUCUACGACCUGCCCCAAAAUUCGCAGCUCGUGGACAACACCAAGAACGUCAUCCAGGCGAGUCCAGUUCAGUCUGACUCGGAGUACCUGCUAGCUAACGCUCAGCAGACCUUGUGGAUAUGCCAGAUCAUGUAUGCAACGGCGUUGAUGCUUGUCAAGAUCUCCAUCGUCACCUCCUACCUGAGAGUGUUCCCGACAACGCUUUUUCGCAGGGUCAUGUACGCCCUCAGUGCUUCAAUCAUCGCCGUCUGGAUCUGCAGUAUCCUGGUCACCAUUUUCCAAUGCAAGCCGGUCCGAUCAGCCUGGGACUUCACACUGGCACGCGACUGCCUCAACAUUGUCUCGUUCUUCUACUUCACCACGGCCUUCUCCAUCUUCACGGACUUUUUGCUCUGUAUCCUGCCGUUGCCGGUCUUCUUUCGACUUAGUUUACCGUCGCGGCAGAAGUACAUUGUCUCGCUCCUCUUCGCGGUGGGUCUUUUUGCCACGGUGGCGUCAGCGCUACGCAUCAGUGUCCUCAAGAGUGUCAACAGUCUGGACGUGACGAUGGGGUCGGUCUCGACAAUGAAAUGGUCAGUCGUGGAGGUUGGAACGGGUAUCAUUUGCGCCUGCAUACCGACUCUCAAGCCACUCUUCAAGAACUUCCUGCCGGAUAAGAGCUCCGCAAACAGGUCGCGCGAAAGAUCCGGUCCUGGCCGCCUCGAAGCGACUGGCCUGAAUACACCUAGGCUGAACACGGCUCACGAGGAGAGGCACGAACUGACAAAGCCCACCGAGGGCUGGACCAAUUUCAGUCGGAACACCCUGACUUUCAAGCAAGGGCCAGUGGCGACAACGAAGAACUUCAUAUGA